CUUUGCUUCCUAUUGCUAUUCAGUUAUUUCAGAAACCUUCUGAAGAAAAUCCAAUAUUUUUACCAAGUGAUCCACAAUAUACCUGGCUACUUGCAAAGAUGUAUUUUAACAAUGCUGAUUGCUCUGUGCAUCAAUCCUGUACUCAUCUAGGGCUUACUCAUCUUCUUUGUGAGUCAAUUUGUGCAGCUGCUCACCAAAACUUAUCUCCUAACCAUCCUGUUUUUCAAUUGCUUGCUCCACAUUUUUUAUAUAUAAUGGCUAUAAAUAGUUUAGGAUUGCAAAAACUUAUUUCCCCUGGUGGUUGGGUUGACAAGACAAUGACUGUUGGUGUUCCUGGACUAAUGGAAAUUCUUAAACGACGUUGGAGAGAGUUUAGAUUUGAUCGUGACUGCUGGCUUCCUAAUGACAUAAAUGCUAGAGGAGUGGGUGAUACAGAGAUUUUAAAAAACUAUUUUUAUCGAGAUGACGCUCUCCUUAUUCAUGAAGCUAUUGUUAAUUAUGUCACCGAAAUUCUUUCUAGGGUGUAUGAUACUCCUGAUAAGUUAAAAACUGAUUACGAGGUUCAAAAUUGGGCAAUUUGUUUAAGCGAUGAAACUAAUGGUGCUGGUAUCAAGGGAGUUUUUGGUUAUGGAAAGUUUGACGAUUUAAAUGAUCUCAUCAAGACUGUUGCUAGUGUUAUCUUUGUCUGUAGUGUUGGCCAUGCUGCUGCUAAUUUUUGUCAAUAUGAUGAAUAUGCUUUCCCAUCAAGCUACCCAGCAAUGCUAACUGGAAAAAUACCUUCCACUAAGGUUGCUUUGACAAUGCAAGAUAUUAUUGAUCAGCUUCCAGAUAAAGAUAUCAUUUUGGAUACAAUGGUAGUUACAAAACUGCUUAGUGAAAGGGGUACCAAUGAGUUAGGUAACUUUGAGGUUCAAUAUAUGUUUAGACCUGAAGAUCUUGCUGCUGUCGAAAGAUUCAAAAGUGCUUUAGCUGAGAUUAGUGAUAAGAUCAAAAAGAGAAACGAAAAACUUAUCACACCUUAUCCAUACUUGGAUCCUAAAGAAGUUCCGAAUGCUAUUAGUAUUUGAAUAUUUUGUUUAAUAUGCAUAUGUAACAGCAUUUUGAGCAACAAAUGCAAUUUAAGUUGUUGUUUUUUUUUUGAUAUGAAUAUACAAGAUUUUUAAA